UCGGGGCCUCCGGCCAAACACCGGAGCCGGGAUAUAAGGAGCGGGGCCGGGACCGGAGGCGCAUUUUCCUUGAGCUCCCACCAUGAAGCUGCUCCUGCUCCUCCUCGCCCUGGUGGGCCUGGCCCAGGGCUUACAGACCAGGGUGCCGCUGAAGAAGAUGAAGUCGCUGCGGCAGAGGCUGCAGGAGCAGGGGUUGCUGGAAAGUUUCCUGGAGCAGCAUCCCUCCAACCUGGCUGCCAAGUAUUUCCCAGGCAUCGCUGUGGAGUCCCUGGAGAACUACAUGGAUGAUGAGUACUUUGGCACCAUCUCCAUUGGGACCCCACCCCAAGAAUUCACCGUGGUCUUUGACACGGGCUCCUCCAACCUCUGGGUUCCCUCAGUCUUCUGCUCCAGCCCAGCCUGCAGGAAUCACCACCGUUUCAAUCCCGCGGAGUCCUCCACAUUCCUCAGCACCAAUGACACCCUGUUCAUCGCCUACGGCACGGGGAGCAUGACCGGAAUCCUGGGAUACGACACUGUCAACGUUGCCGGCAUCAACGUCCACAACCAGAUUUUUGGGCUGGCUGAGACGGAGCCGGGGGAUUUCUUCUACUACACCCCCUUUGACGGCAUCCUGGGAUUGGCAUUCCCGAGCAUCGCCUCCUCCGGAGCCACCCCUGUCUUUGACAACAUGAUGAUAGAAAACCUCGUGGACAGGCAUCUUUUCUCCGUCUACCUGAGCAGGGACGGCCAGGAUGGGAGCUUUGUCCUCUUCGGUGCCAUUGAUCCCUACUACACCACCAGAGGCAUCUCCUGGAUCCCUCUCUCUGCCGAAACCUACUGGCAGAUCACCAUGGAGAGGUAUUCCCAGUAUUCCCUGCCCUGCAGCCGGUGUUUUGGGGAGUCCAGGCUCACCCUGCAUCCCUCUCUCCCCAGUGUCUCCAUCAGCGGGGCUCCGGUGGCCUGUUCCUCGGGAUGCCAGGCCAUCGUGGACACAGGAACCACUCUGCUGGCCGUUCCUACCCGGGCCUUCCGGACCCUCAUGAGGCGCCUCGGCGCCAGCUCCAGUGGCGAGAUCAGCUGUGAGGCCGUCAGGAACCUUCCCAACCUCAUCUUCCACAUCCACGGCAGAGAAUUCCCGGUGCCUCCCAGAGCCUACGUGAUAAGGAGUAACGGGUACUGCACCCUGGGAUUGCAAGGCAUGGAUACUCCCACGGAGGAGGGCGAGCUCUGGAUCCUGGGGGAUGUCUUUAUCCGUGAAUAUUACGUCAUCUUCGACAGGGCCAACAACAAGGUGGGGCUGUCCCCGCUGCCCUGAGCUGGGACGGGA